AUGCCUGUCUGUCGUCUUAAUGCUGAAAAUCCAGUAUUGCGUGCACCAUUGCUUUUUAUAUUCAUUAUUACUUUUCUUUGCUUCUUAAUAUUCAUUCUUCAUGAAUAUGUAACACGGGUCAAACAUGGUGUACGUGAAAUAGGUGCUAAACAAUAUCAAUGUUUUUCAACACUAUCUGAUAAUUCUGAUGAUUUUCGUCUGAAUUUACUGCGACCUUUGUUAAUUGAACGAGUAUCUGGUACAUCAGGCAAUGCAAAAGCUAGACAAUUUAUUAUGUCAAAAUUACAAUCGACUAAUAUGUGGAAUAUUGAACUUGAUACAUUUGAUGAAAUGACACCAGAUGGUAAUGUUGAAUUUACGAAUAUAGUAGCUACACUUGAUCCAACAGCAUCUCGUCGUCUUGUUCUUGCUUGUCAUUAUGAUUCAAAAAAACUUCCGAAUUUUGUUGGUGCUACAGAUAGUGCCGUACCAUGUGCUAUAUUACUUGAUUUAGCAAUUAAUCUUCAAAAACAAUUAAAUGAAUUAAAGAAAAAUAAAGGAAAACUAACUUUACAAUUGCUUUUUUUCGAUGGUGAAGAAGCUGUUAGAGAUUGGUCAUCAACUGAUUCACUUUAUGGUUCAAGGUAA